AUGGUGAGAGAUUCUAAAGUGAAGGUUCCAACGGCAUUUAGAACGAAACUAACUCCGUUACUGGACAAACCGGCGGCUGAUAUGAAUCUUUAUCAUCGGAUGAUAGGGUCUUUGAUGUAUCUAAUUGCUAGUCGUCCAGAUAUCUUGUUUUCUUUUUGCUAUUCUACUAGGUUUCAAGCUAAUCCUCACAAACCUAAGAUGGCAACUGUUAAGAACAUCUUUAGGUAUCUCAAGAGAACAUCCUCAUUGGGAAUAUGGUACCCUUCGGGUUUAGGUUUCUUUGUGCAAGAGUUUUUAGAUGCCGAUCUUGGAGGUUGCGGUCUAGAUAGAAAAAGUACAAUGGGAGGAUGCCAAUUUCUUGAUGGAAAACUCAUAAGUUGUCAAUCUAAAAAGCAAAAUUACGUCUCCCUAUCGACUACUGAAGCAGAGUACAUAGCUGUUGCAUCCUGCACCUCACAAGUCAUUUCGAUUCAGUGUCAACUUCGGGACUAUGAAAUCAAUAUGAAAUGA